CUAAUCUAAGAUAUCUUUUUCAGGCAGAGCUGGGACAGGGAUUGGUGUGGUGAAACCAACUGCUUUUGCUAGAUCCGAACAAAAUCAGACAGGAUGCAAGUUGCAGAAAUGAAGGUUUUGUUUUUCUUCUGUUAUGCUGUCCAACUUGCUAUCAUUGAAACGCGACCAGUUAUUCAAGUAAAAGCCAUACCAAGGUCUUGCCUUGACUUCCUGAAAGAUGGGACAACAACAAAUGGAUACUACUCCAUUGCGGGGCCUACCUGGGAAUCUAUCACUGUUUACUGCGACUUCACAUCAGAACCAGGCACAGCAUGGACGAUGGUUCUCUCAUGGGCACUUAUAAACAAUGGCAUGUUUGGGGGAACACCCUUUUCUGCGGAUUUGCCAAUUAAUGAAAGGGCGCCGAAUUGGGUGGCAUACAGGCUUUCAAAGGCUCAAAUGCUUUCUAUCAAAGCCCAUUCUACCCACUGGCGGGCUACAUGCAGUUUCAACACACACGGGAUUGACUUCACCGAUUAUGUGAGAGCGAACUUGAAGUCAAUGGAUAUAAUGACCUAUCAAGGCGCUGGAAUGUGCAAGAAUACUGAAUACAUUAACAUUCGCGGAAAAGGAGCCCAUCAUAAGACCGCUAGGUUUUGGCAAGCGGGCACCGUUCUUCACCAUGACAGUUACCAUUCAGGUGAUGCUUGUGAGUUUGGAGCAAGGCAAGGCUCCGUUGUGAGCGAAGACAAUUUCGGAGCCUAUGCUAACACAAACAAGAACUUCAGAUGCACUGCAAACAGGGAGUCAACGACUCAAUACUGGUUCGGUGGCUAUAUAUAAAGGGUAGAAAUAAGUUAACAAAAUCUUUUUUGACUUCAGAACUCUGUCAGUUAGAGACAUGCUCCAAAAAAAUUCAAACAGCAUAGAUUAUAACUGUUUUUCGUUCCUUGCUCCAUUUCUACUCAUAUGAAACGGGAAAAAUGAUAUGUGAGAUUCAAGAGCGAAUGAAGAAUGUUCUACAAUGCUUUUUGUUAUAGGUUUACGAUUGGGGCUUGAAGAAAAGCAGGCCAUGUAGCCGGAUCCAAUCUGUUUCUGCCUACUUUAAGGCCCUAAUUAGCUUU